AUGCGCCUUGAAACCAUCCCGGAGAAGAGCACAAAGGAUAGCCAUGUUGAUGCUUGGAGCCCUCCCAAUCCCAUUUGGAAGAAUGCAAUGAAGAAAUACUAUGACGAACUUCGCAAAGGAGGGAUCGAACCGUCAGUUAUUGACAAAUAUUUGUGGAAGAUUCAAAAUCUUGAGGACCUUUUCAACCAGCCUGAAUCGCUCUUCGAAGUACAAGACUCACAGCCCAGCUCCUUGGUCCAAGGUCUCACCCAAUUGAGGCCUACACUUCUUGCCCUAAACCACUUUCUUGGGGCUACCUCAUGGAUCAUGGGGACGAAUGCCAAAUUUGCCGCAGUGUUAUGGGGAUCUUUUCGAUUGAUUUUGAAGGUGCGUUGCUCUAGUAUCAGUCAAGCAUUCAAAUAUCCUCGAGGCUAACUUCUUGGGGCAAUAGUAUGCCGAGCCGGUCCUCCCUGAUGUUAUCGACAUGAUCAAGAGCCUAGAGCACGCCCUGCCCCGAACGCAACAGUACAACAAUGAGCUUCCCAUGACAAAGGAUUUGGAAGAAGCACUGUCAAACAUAUAUAGCGAGAUCAUCUUGUUCUGUGCAUAUGCCAUACGUGUGCUUCGCAACUCCCCCGACAUUGCGCACAACAAGCUGGUGCGGCCUAAAUUCUCCAAAGAUAUAUAUCGGAUCAUCGAAAAUAUCCAGAAAUUCUCUCGACAGGUGGAAAAAACCACAACAAAAUCCUCCCGACAGGUGAAUGAAACCGCAGCGAUGACUAGACUCUCCAAAGCAACGAAGAACAUAGAAACCAUCGCUGCACUUCACGACUCACAAAUAGUCAACAAGCCCGAGGAUGCCAAACUACCUUGUUUCAUGAUACCUUAUGGACUGAACUUGAGAUUUUUUGGCCGGGAGAAUGAGUUGACUGUUUUGAGAGAAGCUCUUGAUCCGUCCGUCGGGACCACUCUACGUGCUAUUGGUGUUUACGGCCUAGGAGGUGUUGGAAAAACACAGCUGGCUCUGCGUUAUGCCAAUACGUCUAGAGACAAAUACAGAAUAAUUGCAUGGAUUCCUGCAGAGACAGAAGAAAGAAUCAUGCAAGCGUUUGCAAGUCUGGCCUCAAGCCUUGGGCUUGUCGAGGAUCCCAACGAAGUCGAUCAUCGCUGCCUCCAAACAGUGCGCGAAUGGCUCAACACGACAGAAGCCCCAUUUCUCCUCAUAUUUGACAAUUUGGAAAAUUCCGAGCUGCUGACUCAAGUGUGGCCGACGAGUGACAAAGGGUCAGUUCUCAUUACCACUCGCUCUCCUUCAGAAGCCUCGAACCGGAACCCGCUCACUUUUGAACUGAGCCCUUUCUCUAUUGAAACAAGCACAGCCGCCUUUAAAACGCUAUCGGGGUUAGUUCCGAAGGACCAAAAAGACGAGGCAGCCAUGAGAGAAUGCUGUUCCCUUCUAGGAGGGUUACCGCUGGCCAUGGUCCAGGUUAG